AAGAUAAGCGAAGGGUAGACGGACCAUCUUCAUUUUUUUUGGUUUCUGCGGUCGCAGACCCUCAUCCAGCCUUCCACUAUUUUCACCGUUAAAAGCCCAGGUAUUAUCCCGGCCUCCUCCCAGCGGGCAUGCACCAGCAUUGCAAACGGCCAGCAGGGCUAGCCAUGGAGGUACAGCUCCUGCAUUCUACUAUCUCUCCAAGCCGCCCCCUAUACUUCGUCGCCACCCGCCUGACGCCUCGUCGGCCUGUUUUUGUCCGGUGCUGUCUCUCCUCUGCCGACAACGGAGGCAGGGGUGGAGAAAAUAGCGGCACUUACGGCACGCCCCAGGCUGCCCAGCAGAGGAAAGCUUAUCCUUUUGAUGAGAUUGAACCACGGUGGCAGCUCUACUGGGAGGAGAACCGAACUUUCCGCACGCCUGAUGAAGUGGAUAUGUCCAAACCGAAGUGUUACAUUCUUGAUAUGUUCCCUUAUCCUAGCGGUGCAGGAUUACAUGUUGGCCACCCCCUUGGCUACACCGCAACAGACAUUUUAUCGAGAUACAAACGCAUGAAAGGAUUCAAUGUUUUACACCCAAUGGGAUGGGAUGCAUUUGGCCUUCCAGCUGAACAAUACGCCAUCGAGACAGGGACCCACCCAAAGGUCACAACGAUGCAUAACAUUAGACGGUUUCGAUCCCAGGUUUGCUUGACCAUGAUAACAAGAGUGGAAUUCUUGACCGGACCAAAAGGUGGUGAAAUGUUGAAGAUGAAGCUCAAGUCUUUAGGAUUCUCUUAUGACUGGGAUCGUGAAAUAUCCACAACAGAACCUAAAUAUUACAAAUGGACACAAUGGAUCUUCCUUCAGCUUUUAAAGAAAGGACUUGCGUACCAGGCUGAAGUUCCUGUUAACUGGUGCCCUGCUUUGGGAACAGUUUUGGCUAACGAAGAGGUUAUUAAUGGUGUUAGUGAGCGUGGAAGCCAUCCUGUGAUUAGAAAGCCAAUGCGUCAAUGGAUGCUUAAGAUAACUGCUUAUGCUGAUCGUCUACUUGAGGAUUUGGAAGAACUUGAGUGGCCAGAAAGUAUCAAGGAAAUGCAGCGAAACUGGAUAGGCCGUUCUGAAGGUGCUGAGGUAGAAUUUGGCAUACUUGACUCGGAUGGGAGUGAGCUAGGUGUAAAACUGUCUGUUUAUACAACUAGGCCAGACACUAUUUUUGGUGUAACUUAUCUUGUAGCAGCCCCUGAACAUUCUUUAUUGUAUUCGAUAAUAUCUAAAGAGCAGCUGAAACAUGUAGAAAAAUACAGUGAAUUGGCUGCUAGAAAAAGUGAACUCGAGAGAACUGAGCUGCAAAAGAAAAAAACAGGUGUAUUUAGCGGUUCAUACGCCAAGAAUCCUGCCACUGGUGCUCUCAUUCCAAUAUGGAUAGCCGAUUAUGUUCUAGGAAGUUAUGGUACUGGAGCAAUAAUGGCUGUCCCAGCACAUGAUUUUCGUGACCACGAGUUUGCGUUGAAAUACCAGAUUCCAAUUAUUAAGGUCGUGAAACCCUUUGAAGCAAGUCAUGUGCUUGAUGAACCAUAUACUGGCGAUGGUUUUGCUAUAAACUCAUCAAAUCAAUUGAUUAAUCUGGAUAUCAAUGGGUUGUCAUGCAAAGAAGCUGCUUCUAAAGUCAUUAAUUGGCUUGAAAGUUCUAGUCAUGGGAAGAAAAAGGUGAAUUAUAAGCUCAGAGAUUGGCUUUUUGCUAGACAACGCUACUGGGGUGAACCUUUCCCGAUUAUUUUCUUGGAUGAUACUGGCGAAAUUGUCCCUCUUCCAGAAAAUGAGCUGCCUGUGACAUUGCCUGAAUUGGAUGAUUUUACACCUACUGGCACAGGGGAGCCACCCUUGACUAGAGCUACUUCUUGGGUAAAAACAAUCGAUCCUAUAUCUCACAGGCCUGCUAGGAGAGAAACGAAUACAAUGCCACAAUGGGCUGGAUCUUGUUGGUACUAUUUAAGGUUUAUGGAUCCAAAUAAUUCAACUGCGUUGGUUGAAAAGUCUAAAGAAAGAUACUGGGGCCCAGUGGAUAUUUAUGUUGGUGGUGCUGAGCAUUCUGUUCUCCACCUACUUUAUGCUAGGUUUUGGCACAAGGUUCUUUAUGAUAUCGGUGUUGUUUCUACCAAGGAGCCUUUUCAUUGCCUUAUAAACCAAGGUUUGAUACUCGGACAAAUCGAGUAUACAGCAUAUAAAGACAAAGAUGGGAAAUUUGUGUCUGCUGAUUCUGAUUGCAAUCCUAGUGAUCAUAUACAAGAAAAUAUUUCAGCCGAGAAGGUAGCUAAAGUUGGAGACUUCCAUGUGCUGAAGGAUAAUCCUAAUAUCCGAUUGAUUGCUAGAGCUUAUAAAAUGAGCAAAAGCAGAGGGAAUGUCAUAAACCCCGAUGAUGUUAUUUCUGAAUAUGGUGCAGAUUCCCUUCGCUUGUAUGAAAUGUUCAUGGGCCCUUUAAGAGAUUCAAAAUCAUGGAGCACUGGUGGGAUUGAAGGAGUUCAUAGAUUUCUAGCAAGGACUUGGAGAUUGAUUGUUGGUUCUCCUUUGCCUACUGGGUUGUAUAAAGAUGGAACAGUUGUUACUAAUGAUGAGCCGACUGUGGACCAGUUCCAAUCUCUUCAUAGAUGUAUUGCAAAGGUAUCAGAAGAAAUCCAAGGAACUAGAUUCAAUACUGGCAUUUCUGCAAUGAUGGAGUUCAUCAAUGCUGCAUAUAAGUGGGAUAGAUAUCCAAAAUCUGUUAUUGAGCCAUUUGUUCUACUCCUCUCACCAUAUGCCCCUCACAUGGCAGAGGAGCUAUGGUCUCGCUUGGGGCAUUCAAAAUCACUGGCUUAUGAACAUUUUCCAGUGGCAAGGACUGAGUAUUUGAGUGAUUCAAAAAUUGUGCUUCCUGUUCAAAUCAAUGGGAAGACCAGGGCAACAAUCAUGGUUGAUGAAACUUGUUCAGAGGAUGAAGCCUUCAGAUUAGCUUCAUCAGAUGAAAAACUGUCCAAGUUUUUGCUUGGUAAAACGAUAAAGAAAAGGAUAUACGUCCCUCGAAGGAUCCUUAAUGUUAUUUUGGAAACUCAGAAGGCUAGAUCAUGAUGCAUUACUAUCAUUUACAUGUCUCCAUCGUUGAUAUAUAAUAUUUGUAUAUGUAGCUUUAUGUUCUUUUAUGUAAUGUCAAUGUAGAAAUUUUGGAUUUAAUUGAUUGUCACCAAAGAUAAAAUGAACUACUCCCGCCUUCAUUGCUUGCCCACUACAUUAUUCCAUUGUGUUGGUUGUAUUAAUUGUCAUGUAAUAUUACUGUUUUAUUGCUUUUACUAUUUA